CAGAAGAGGUCCCCCUCGGCUUGGGAGCGCCGCCAUCUCUUGCGACUCCGGAGCAAAGGAGGGGCGGAGGGUUGCUACGUGAGUCUUUUGUCGAUGAAGCGCCGUUUUAGCGCCACUAUCACAACUCCCGUCCGCUCGGCAUUUGUUACCAGCCUGAGGCGUCCCUCCCGCGCCCAGAGUUAGGCGGGAAGGGCUUGGCAACGGUCGACUGCACCGGGAGGCUCUGGCAGCAGCCUCUCUACACCUGCUGCUGCUGUAAGGCAGCGACCCCUCGCCGCUUGCUCCUGCCUUGCCCUGUCUGGCCUGGCGGAGGCGCGCGGCUAUGGGAACCCGCGCGCCGUGACAGGAGAACGGGCAGGCGCCGGACCCUCGACGGGAAUGUGCAAGCCGAGCCGGCCCACCAAUGGCUCUCGGGGACGAUGCGGUGGCGCUGGCAGUAGGCGCUGCCCCGAAGUGUGAGCCUCCUGAAUGCCUGCAGGGAGUCCUUGCAGCAGGCAUCUCGAGGGCUUGGGCGGCCAGCGCUGGCUGUAGUCUCCUGAUGCUCUCGCCGCUGCCGCCACCCCCGCCAUGCCCUGAGCGGAGAAGCACCGAGCCCUCCCCGGCCGCCAGAGGAUCCCUCUUUAAGGCUGUCAUGCUCCUUGGCGUGCUUUUAGUCCUUUGCCAGCGGGUCCAGGCGGAGCGAGGUGCUGAGGAACAACGGAUACAUGUUGCUCCCUCUUCAGAACCUUUUACCAACUGGAGAGCUGUAUUGUCACCAACAUGGCCUUCUAAAGAACUUGAGUCUUCCUCAGUGGGUGACAUUUCAAUGAGGCAAGCCUUGGAGAAUGCUAAUUUGCUUCAGAUAAUAAAAAGUACAUUAGCAGGGACUCGGACCAGAACUAUGGACCAAACUAGGUUUUUACCAACUCUCUAUCAAGGCAGUGGCAACAGUGCAUCGCAGGAACCUUCAACUGAAUCACCAACGAAGUCUCAGGAAGCUGAUGAAAUGACUAUUGUAUCAGGUUUGCCUCAAAUUAGUGUGCUCCCCACAUUGUCUACAUCAUCAUCAGUGACACAUCCAGCUUCUAUUUUGUCAUCUCAGAUAAUUCCAUGUACAACAUCUUCCAUUUCAAGUGAAAUCACAUCAAGACCUGACAUACUUCCAAACUUUCCAUUAUCAUCCCCUUUGUCUUUGAUAAAGGAUACACCUCAUGUCAUUGUUGUUUCCAAGUCAUCUGUGUCAUCUACCAAAAUGCCCUCGUCCAUAAAUGUAAAACAUUUACUCAGCACGAACACAGCUAAACCUAACUUGAAUAAAAAAUCAGAUAAUUCACUAAGCACAACAAAGUAUGUGUUACCUAGAAUGGUUGGCAAUGAAUCUUUGGUUGCUAUCUCCUCUAGUUACAAUUUUGAAUUAAUUAAUAAGCAUCUCAUAGAAACAGCCAAUAUAUAUAUAUAUCCAAGGGAUAGGAAAUGGCAUUCAUUUGCUUUCCGUGUAUUAAUACCCGGUCAGGAUUUUGAUGUACUACCUAAUCAGAGAUCUGCACUGAGUUUUAGAAACAAUAAAGCAUCUUCUACCCCACCACUCACAAGUAAACCAAUGGACAUCACAACAUCUCUGAAAAAAAGAAGCAUGUUUGUAACCACAUCAUACCCAGUUCUUAAAAGCAGGAAAACAAUCCCAUGGAUUUCUGCAUCAGUUACUCAUACCUCAGGUGCUCUGUCUUCAUUAUUGGAAACCAUUACUGCUGUGUCCUCUAUGAUAAUGUCAAAAUCUACAGAAGAGAGAGCGUUAACAUCUACUGAAAGUCAAAGACUUUCUCAUUUAACUAAUAUAUCUUCCUCAACAGUGCCAACUUUAGUUAUUUCAGAAGCAAUAAAAAAAGAUAAUGCAAUAGAGCAAAUAACAUGGGCAACUGUUCCUGCCUCCUAUUCAACACAUGAGGUUUCUUCCUUAAUUAUGACGACAAAUUGGCCAUCUUACAUAGCCUCUCAUUCUACUGUUUCAACAUCAAAUCCUAACAUUGUUUUAGAGACUAACUUAACAAAUUCUCAUGUCACAAAAUCAACCUGGGUUUUUAAAAAAGAUACUCCUGAUAGAAAUUAUGAAGCUACUACAUGGUCUCCUAAUUUUUCUGUGAAGAAAUUAUUGCAACAGCAGUCUUUCACAAAGGAUUCUACAGUGUUCCCAGUUCUUGGUAUAAAUAAUAUCCCUCCCUACUGGUUUUUGGAGAUACCGUCCAUACGAUUUGCUGUAACAAUUUCUGCCAGCAAACAAACACCUUCACAAAAAAUGCUUCAGAAUAUUUUUUCACAAGAAAGAACAACCUUUACCACUUUUCCAGUUUCUUUGCCGACUUCGUUUAGACACCUUUUGAAAUCUCACUCUAUUGCCACAUCUAUGCCUCCACUUAAUGAUUCUAUGAAGCGAAAGCCAAUAGAAUCUAAAAAACAAAACCCAAAUCUUAGUUUAACAAAACAAGAGAAAAAUUCAAUAGUAUUCACAACUUUAGGCUCACAUUCAAAACAUUUAUCACAACCUUUUUUAAAUAAUUCUGCUGAUGAACAUUCACCUAUGGCUGACACAGCUUACAAAACUGCUAUGAUAACUUCAGACAGAUAUGAUUUGGUCUCAGUUACUUCAUCAGACGAACAUUUGAGAACCCCAGCAACAGUUUCCAUGGGCCUUACUAAUGCCACUUCAGAAAGCAACUUAGAUACGUUAAAUAAAGCUUUAGUUCCUCACUGGGACAGUAGAGAUUGGCAGUCCACUACUGAUGCAAAGAAGGCAGCCCAGAUAUUUCUAACUACAAAAGAUAUUGCAAGCCACACAACUUUAGAAAGAGCGUAUUCAAAGAUUCCUGUCUUAAAACAAUCAACAAGUUAUGUAAAGAACAAACCUUCAGUAGCAUCCAUUAAUAUAACUGCAACAUCUGCUCGACAAGUUUCAAUUUUACCUUUCACUAAAAUGAAGUCUAAGGGUUUCUCAGAAUUUAACAUAUCGUUAUCUUCCAUAGAAACAUCAUAUUCACCCUUUUUUCAAAACCAAAGUACCUUGUCACAGAUCACAGAAAUGCCAUUAUUACAAUCAGAACGAAACAUAUAUACAUCUCAAAGUUUUCUGGAAAAUUUCACAGUUGGGAAUACUAAUUUCACUUCAGAUUAUCAAAAGCAGCCGUAUUCUAUAUCUAAAGAUUUCACAGCUACUAACACUCAAACAUCUAAUCUGGAUACAUUUUCUACAACUUUGUCAACACAUUUUCAUUCACGGCUGUUUGUUUCUACUGACAAAUUGCACCAGACACCCAAACCUCAGACAACUAACUCUGAAAAGCUGUUUGCCUCCACAAACAUGUUUUAUACUUCACUUCCAUUUUCAUUGGCUUCUCAGUUCAUUGCUAAAUUAACUGUUCUAGUAAAUAAUAAAAAUAGUACAAUUAGUAAUAAAAAAGCUCCUCCUAAAUCAGUUGUAAGUUCAGUGCCAACGUUAAAUGUCACUGAAGAAUAUUUAAUCGUAAGAAAAACAACAGACUUUGCAAACAACUUUAACUCAGAAACACAUAAUCAAUUGAGCAAACCGUCUACAGCAUUAACUACUAGAAUGUUGCACACGAAUAAUAAAAAUAAUACCCAAGGUACAGUUAAAAUACCUAAUGAGAUCACUACAAUCACUCCAUUGCAAACACAUACCACUUUUGCAGCUAUCAUAACUUCUAUCCAUGCAUCACAAACGCAGCUAACUUCUUUGUUGCCAACAACCAACUUUACUCAUUCUGUCAUUACAGUGUUACCGUCUGUGUCUCCUGGUGUAUUAUCAUCUCUAACAACUUCAGAAGCAACACCAGUUACAGGAAAAUCAGCUCCAACAUCACCAAUGCUGACUUCAUCCUUGUUCUCACUGAGCACUGACAAUUCACCAUCUGUGAUGGCAUUAAGCACGUUAAAAUCAACAUUAGCAAAAAAUAACACUGUCACAAAAAUGGCACCAACUUUAAGCCCAAUAGUAGUACAUGCAAAUAUUCCAGUUGUAUCAAGGGAUGAUUCUGUAUUACCUGAAUAUAUCACUAGUUCAUCCCCAAUUCAGAAAUAUAAUAGAGUUUCAGUGCCCACAACACAUGCACCAAGACAAACUGAAACUUUAUUUGACACCAAGAAAUCCACAAGCCCAGACAUCACUAAAACAUCAACUGCAUACCCAUUAACAAUGACAGCAGCUUUGACAUCUAUUACAGCAUCAGCGAAGACAGCUAGACUUCUCCCUACAUCUGCUGAAAAUGCCGCUGUUGCUGCUACUGCAUCAGUGUCAACUGCAGCUUUUGUUAAUGUGACAACAGUUCUCCCUCUGGAAUGCCAGCUGUCCAGAAACCUGCUGGUUAAGACAGUAUUGUUUCUGAAUACAAGAAGACUGCUGCUGAGUGGCUCCUUAAAACAAAAUGUCACUAAAGGUCUCACCCUGGCAUUGCGUCAAGCUUUCAAUCAAAAUGUCAAUGCACAAAUAGAAAUUUUGGAACAAUCAAACAAUGUGACAAUUGGUUACUAUGUUACUCAGGACAGACUCGUUUUCAUACCUACUGUGGUUAUUGAAAUGCUAAUUGCUUAUGGUGUUACUAAUGCCACUUUAGAUAUUAGGAAGCACGUGCCAAAUCUUCAUUCUGUUGCUGUCUUAGCCUUGCCAUGGAACCCACUGCCAGCUUAUCAUUUCCAGUUGAAAACAGAAUUACAGUUUGUGGAUGAAUCAGACAACAUAAAGUCAUGCAGAUUUGUUCAGACAAUGGAACAAAGAUUGCAGAGGGCCUUUCAAGAUGCUGAGAGGAAAGUCUUGAAUACCACUAGCAAGUUAAAUGUUCAGAUCCUGAACACAUCAAAUGUAUCUCAGGCUGUCACUCUGUUUUAUGUAGUGAGGAAUGAAAGUACAGUUUUAAAUGGCACAGUUCCAAGCAACCUUCUUAAUCAGUUUUCAGCCGAACUGGUGGGAUUCUAUCUUACUUUCCCACCAUUAACUAUUGCUGAAGCACUGGAAUAUCCAAAUCUCGAUACUUCAGAAGCAACUAGAGAUUACUGGGUGAUUACAGUUAUACUGGGAGUUGACACUACAUUGCUGGGGGUGAAUAACCAAAGUUUUGCAAGACUCAUGGAGCAACGUUUAGCACCACUGUUCAUGAUGACUCAUCAACAAGAAAAACGAUUUAAACGAGCCACUACUAUUGACAGCUUUACUGUUCAGAUGGUAAAAAUGCAGCGAAUUCCAGGUCCCCGGGAGCCUGCUGAAUUGACUUACUAUAUUUUAUACAAUGGGAAACCUUUGUUGGGCACAAUAGCUGCUAAACGUUUGACUACAGUUGAUUCACAAAGGAUGGCCUUGACUUUAGGAUAUGUUGUUCAAGUACAAGCUGAUCCUGUAGUAAAAAACCCACCCAACAAUUUAUGGAUCAUUGCAGCAGUGUUGGCUCCCAUAGCAGUUGUUACAGUCAUCAUCCUUAUCAUCACAGCUGUUCUAUGCAGGAAGAACAAAAAUGACUUCAAGGCAGACACCAUGAUGAACUUGCCACAAAGAGCCAAGCCAGUUCAAGGCUUUGACUACGCCAAGCAACAUUUAGGCCAACAAGGGACUGAAGAUGAUGUUUUGCCUGUCACCCAAGAGACAGUAGUCUUGCCUCUUCCAGUGAGAGAUGCUCCUGCAUCCCAGGAAAGGGAAAUCGUUCAGGAUGGGAGCACAGCAAAAACUGCCAAGUCCAAUGACACAAGAAAGAGCCGGUCGCUGAGUGAAAAUUGUUCUGUCAUCAGCAACGAAUCAGGAAAGCCCAAUUCAGGCCGAGGCUCUCCACAGAAAGUAACAGCACAGCAGAAAGUGACAAAAGAGGAGGGAAGAAAAAGAAAUGUGCCUUUAAGUGAUGAAGAGGAUGGAAGCAUGCUGUUUGAUAAUGUGACCAAAUCUGCCAUUGAUCCCUUUGACACAUCUUCUGGAUCUGUACAAUUGAUUGCAAUAAAGCCUGUAGCUUUGCCUCUUGCACACCCAGGAACAGACAGGACCCAAGAUACAGCUAUCCUUAAUGGGGAGAUUAACAAAGCCUUGAAACAGAAGUCUGAUAUAGAACACUAUCGCAACAAAUUGCGACUGAAAGCCAAGCGGAAAGGCUAUUAUGAUUUCCCACAAAUUGACAAGGAUUUGGCAGAUAGAAAAAAGAUAUAUGAAAAAACACAAAAUGAAAUAGACCAUAUUCUGGAUCCUGAUACAGAUGGAUCCUCUCCAUUUGUAGAGCCCAAAAACAGGCAACAAACAAAGACUUCAGUUUACCGAAGCAGACAGUCUUUGAACAGUCCUAGUCCGGGAGAAACUGAAAUGGAUCUUCUAGUUACACGUGAAAGACAGAGACGUGGUAUCCGCAAUAGUGGAUAUGACACUGAGCCUGAAAUGAUAGAAGAAACAAAUAUUGACCGUGUCAAUGAAUCUCGAAAUUAUACCAGAGCCCAUCAAGCAAAAGGCCAUUCAGAGACUUCAACUCUGAGUUCUCAGCCCUCUAUUGAUGAAGUUAGGCAACAGAUGCACAUGUUACUAGAGGAAGCCUUUAGUUUGGCUUCAGCAGGUCAUGGAGGACAGAACAGGCAACAAGACACUUACAAUUCUGCACAGAAUUUGCCAUAUUCUGAAGUUGUGACCAGUGCUCCUGGUACCAUGUCUCGACCUAGAGGUGGAAUACAGUGGGUGCCAACAUAUAGACCAGAAGUGUAUCAGUACAGUUUACCACGACCUGCAUACAGGUUUUCUCCACUCCCGGAAAUGGUGAUGGGUUCUCCACCUCCUCCUGUGCCUCCCAGAACAGGACCUGUUGCUAUAACUUCUCUUAGGAGGUCAACUUCCGAUAUUGGCAGCAAGACAAGAGUAUCAGAGUCCAGUGGGACUGAACAGAUACAGCCACAUGAUCAUGUCCCUUUUGUCCCAGUAUCAAAAGCCCCAGUAACUGUGGCUCCAUUGGAUCAAUCAGCUUUGAAUUACUCAGGAAAUACAGUUCCAGCAGUGUUUGCCAUCCCAGCAGCAAACCGACCUGGGUACACAGAUUAUUUCAUCCCAGCAACACCUGCAGCAUACAGAAAUCAGGCUUGGAUGUCUUAUGCUGGAGACCAUGAUAUUCCAGGACAAUGGGCUGACUCGUGUGAAGAUUUCCUUGUAUACUUUUUAUAUCAUGUUCCGCUCCCUGGCUACAUAGAAGCAUAUUCAUGUCCACCCUAUCAGCACAACUGUCUUUCGAGGCUUCACCCUCAGUAUGGUGAAUCAGAAGAUGUGUACCCAAGCCUGGAACAAGCUCUACACCUUGCUACAGCUGGAUCUCGGCAAAGCAUAAUAGAAAAUGAUGCUUCGGUCAAUCUUUCUACAACUGCCUUGGUGAAGGCAAUAAGAGAAGAAGUAGCAAAGUUAGCCAAGAAGCAGACAGAAAUGUUUGAAUUUCAGGUCUGAUGGGUUUCUGCUCUGUAGGCUUUCAUCACUAGGAUGCUUCUAGCUUUUAAAUGAGACUUGUCAAAAGAAUGUCCUGUUUUUCCAAUUCUGAUAGAGUCAAUAUUGGACCUUUUAAAGUUAUAGCAACUAUAACAUCAGUUCCAUGCCUGCUACGACAAAUAUUCCCUGGCAUUCUCUGUGAAACAUUGAUAUAUUAUAAGCAAGUGUCCAUCACAUACAUCUUGUUUGAUGACAUUUCUACCACUGUAAACAUUUGUUAAACCAAAUGCCUGCUUAUUGCUCCAAUAUACAAAGUGCUGGGGAAGCACAAAUAUAGACCACUCUGUAGCAACAUGUGCAUGUAAAAAGUAAGUUUUAUCUUUUUGGGUCAAGAGGAAACUAAUACUGUAAUAAUUAAGGAAUAUGUAUUCUUUCAUUAGUGAUCAAGUAAGUUACAUUUUGGAACAUACCAUAAAGACUGAGUACAACAAAGCAAUAGAGCUCAGCUUUUGCUAGAAACUACAUUUGGACCACAAGAAUCUGAUAUGUAUGAACUUCACAGAGUGCUUUAUAAAUGUCCUCAAAGGCUUGAUCAUUGUUUAUAACCCCCAAAAAACAGGAAAAAAAGCUGGUAAGAAGUAUACCAGUAUAAUUAGUGUCUAAAGUGCUGGUGUAAUGUUACUUUUGAGUUACACAGAAGGUUUUCAAUAGUGUCUCUAUUGAUUAUGAAAAGGAAAAGAAACUUGACCAAAAAACAGGUGUUAAAAGCUCUUGGAAUCUUCCAGUGAAAACAAAUUCUCUAUGUGCCCUAUAUUCAAAAAGGAUUUCACUUUGAACAAAGUGAAAAUGGUGAAUUUGAGAACCUUGAGUCUGCCUCAGUUGGGGAUAAUGAAUGUACUUCUUUUUACAAAAAAAUUCUCUGCUUGAGACAAAGCUCUAUUCUUUUUUCUUGAGUAAACAAUGACAUGGCUAUGCAAAACAAGUAAACCUAUGGCCAGAGUUUUGGCCCUGUAGUCACUGGGCAGGAAUUGAGCAUGACUCAAGGGAAUGUAAACCUUUAUAGCCUGACAUCAAUAUUAAGGUGAGAAUAAGCAAACAAGUUGGCUGGUUGUAAAUACAUUGCUGAGGUAUUUCAACAAAUUGUUCUGUUGAAACUGUUGAUAUCGAAAAUGAUUUUGCCAAAUCUAGAAUUAUAUAUUUUGAAAGAUAAAUGUAAUUCACUGUUUUAUUUCAGUGGGAUGAAAAUAAUGUAUGGAAUGAAAGUUGAAUGCAAAUAUGCUGAUUCAUUUAGGAUAGCUGCAAAAAUGGCAGACUGUUACAGAAAACCAUUCAUUUAUAAUGCAAUCUUCAGAAGAAUUAAGAUUGUUUAUGGGUGAUGAACGGAUUUUUUUUGCUGGAAUAAAAAAUACCUUUUAGCCAAGUCAUUUCUUCAAUUUCCAUUUUGUAGUAUUUUGUGAUAAUUUCUUUUUUUUGUUAUUUUCUUAAUCUUUGCUAAAGUAGGUACUGUAAAUAUAAAGGUAAUGUAGUUGUACAUACGUUACAAAGUUAACUAUCACACUAUUCUUUUUGGGGGGUAGUGCAAAGCACAGAAAAAGAGUAAGCCUGAAAGUAUAAAAAAUAGUAAAUCAACAACAACACUGUAUUCUUGUUUUAACAUUUAUUUUUUAAGUAUCCAAUUGCUAUUGGAGUGAAUUUUUAUGUUUUUUCUAACAUCCAAUUGACUUCCAUAGAAUACUCCUAAGCAUAGCUGUUUUUGUUUGUUUGUUUGUUUUGCUGGGGACAGGGGCAAAGUUUUAUUCCUUGCAACAGAUCACUUAAUAUUCAUUCUACCAGCAUAUGCACAUCAUAAAAUGUCUCCAUUUCCCCCAUCUUUAACAAUCAACCAAGGUAGUCCUUGUUUAGCAACUGCCUGGGACAGUGAUUAUUUGCAGUUACUAUGGUGAUGAAAAAGUAACUGUGUGACUAAUGUCUGUAUUUAUGAUCUUUGCAAUAUUGCUUUCUCCGUCGUGUUCACCAUUACAGUAAAUAUGUGCCUGACCCAUUUUUCGCUUUCACCCCAGAGCAGAGAGAACUACAUAAGCUAACUUUUCCUAAGUAGUUUUUUUUUCUGCAGUGCAAUACUCCCUAAAAAGUGGCAAUU